ACCAAAGGUUCCUGAUUUUAUGUUAAAUUGGAUUCCAGAAUGGUAUUUAAACUUGAUGUAUCGGUGUUGGAGUGAUGAUCCUUCCAAACGUCCAACUGCUACUGAAUUAGCCGAUUUAUUUUAUGAUCUAUCACAUAAUUUAGUGGAUGAUGAUUUGCAUCCACAAUCGUAUUAUAUUGGCCGAUAUAUUCAUACUCUUCAUGAAUUGCAUGAUUUAUUAGAAGAAAUAAAAUCUGGGAAAUCUUCAGAUCCUAAUUUAUUAUUAAAGUCUAAUGAAUCAACUACUUCAAGU